GUUUGAGAAUGUAACCUAACGACUGAACAUGUAAACACAGUAUUUUACACCAGAUAUGUCAUUUAGUACUGUUUUGAAAAAUGUGUACACGUUUGCUCAGAUAUUGAGUCAGUCAUGCACAGAAACAGUCAAACAUUGGGAUAUGAAAUCAAUCAAUAAUGCCUUUAAUUGGGCAAGUUAUUGUGAACAGGUAUAUGAUCAUGUUAAAGACAAGCCUCUUUGUGACAAUUUGGAGAAGAACCUUCAAGAAAUGACAUCUUUGAUUACACCUGCAUCCUGUCUCACUUUAGAUGUAGAAAGUCUUGGAAGAGCAAGUGAGAUCUUGGAAGAGAAGCUGGUAUUGAAUACACAUCUAAAACUUGAAAUGUUUGAGAAGAUGAUUCUACAGAAAAGUGAUAAGUCAGUUGAGAAAUCAAGAAUGGCUAAGAAGUUUCAUCAUUUGUCAAUGUUAAGUAAUACAGUAGAGAUAUUGGGUAAUAUGAAAAGAGAAAUUGAUGGGGAUGAUUCUGAUAAAACUACACACAUCCCUCAACAAUCCUAUAUAUUAUAUAACCACUUUAAACAACAAGCUCACAUUGUUUCUAGAACUGAGAGGUAUAAUAAUUAUGUUAAAAGUAUUUUAACAAGACUGUCAGAAAUAAAUGGAAUGGGAAUUAUCAUAUGUCUGAUAGCAGUGUAUGAAGAACAAAGAAUAGUCAAACCAAGUACAGAAGAUAGUAAUAUUUAUCAGUUGAUUUUUUCUUGGUUACAGCUACUUUCCAAUGAAAAUCCUAUUAUGUUAUUAGAUAUAAAGAAAGAUAUAUUAUGUAAUGUAGCUGUUGGUAAUGUGGACUUCUUAAACCUAUAUCUCCAAUGUUUAAUUAACUGGGGAAACUGUAUGAAACCAGAUUAUAGUCACAAAUAUUUUCCUAAGUUAUAUCUCUGGAGAAUGGAAACAGACUGGUCUAAUUGGGACUACAAGCAUUUAUUAGAACAUUUUCAGUAUUUGUGUCAAUUUCAGAUUUACUUGAAAAAUAUAGUUUUCUCUGGACUCAAUAAAUUAAUAGGCAAUGACUGUUUUACUAUCUGGAAAGAUGUUAUGAAAGAUUUACAAAGAAGACAUUAUCUUGAUAAAGGAUGA